UCCGGUUAGUCCAAAGAGGUGUAGAGCAAAUAUUUAUGGAUCUAAGAGAGCAAUCUCUGUUAGCUGUCUGGAGACAGUCCUGGCAGAGGGACAGAAACCAGCUAAUGUAGAUAUAUACUUGAUGUGGAUUAAUAUUGAAAGAUGUAGACAAAUUAUACAGCAGUUACAUGGUACAGAAAAAGACCAACUUUAUUCACAUGUAUUAGUAAAUCUAGAACAGACAUUGAAUAACCAUACAGACAUUCUUCAAGCUAAAAUCAAACAGCUGAAUGGUAAUGAAGCAACUGGUACAACCUCAACAAUAGCAGAUGGAGCUAAGAAAAGAAAGAAAUCACCGGAAACAGUUUCAGAUGGUGAAAGGAGCCAAAGAAGAAGUGCCAUUGAGGAAACUAUAAUAGGAAAGGGUGGAUUGAUGUUCGAUGACAUUGCAGGCUUAAAAGAUGCCAAACAAGCACUGAGGGAGGCAAUUAUCAUGCCAUUACACUACCCCCAUUUGUUUACAGGUGGAAUAAAACCUUGGAAAAGGAUAUUACUUUAUGGACCUCCAGGUACAGGGAAGUCUAGACUAGCCCAGGCCAUCUCAUCAGAAAUUAAUUCAACAUUCUAUUGUGUGUCCAGUUCUGAUCUUGUGUCAAGCUGGGUAGGAGAGAGUGAAAAGUUGAUAAAGGAAUUAUUUAAUCAUGCUACAAAUCAAGAAGGUAGAUCGGUUAUUUUCAUUGAUGAAAUAGACAGUAUUUGUCGACAGAGAAAUUCAAGAGAGGAAGAACACACAAGACGUGUUAAGACAGAACUGUUGAAACAGAUGGAAGGAGCAGACAACUCAGAUUCGGCAGAUAAAAUAUUCUUGUUAUGUGCAACAAACUGUCCAUGGGAGCUGGACACUGCCUUCCUUAGGAGAUUCCAAAAACGAAUAUAUAUUCCACUUCCAGGGAAAGAGGCCAGAAAAGUCCUGAUGAAAAUUCACACUAGAGACAAUAAGAUAGACCUGACUGAUACUGAAUGGGACCAGUUGUGUGAAAGGACUGAAGGGUAUUCUGGCAGUGAUAUAGCCAAUAUGAUGUUAGAGGCUUUGUUUGGUCCAAUUAGGGAUCUCCAGGUAUCUACUCACUGGAAACAGAGACAAGAUGGGAAGUUUAUGCCUUGUAAUCCAGAUGAAGAUUUCUCGAUAGAGGCUACAAUGAAUUCAUUUCCACCAGAAAAGGUAAUUCCUAGAAAUGUAGCAAUACAAGACUUUGAGAAGUCUGUACAGAGCCAUGGUCGAACUGUUACUGAUAUGGAACUCAAAAAGUUUGAUGACUUUACAACAUCAUUCGGAGAAAGUGGUUAAUCUGAUCAUCUCAAAAUGAAAAAUACGACUUUCUUGAUACAACUUAGGAAAACAGAAUUUAUGAAUUGACAUGAUUUUUUUCUGUGCAAUUAGGCAAAGAAUUAGUUCAGUGCCAAUUAUUUUAUUGUUGAAAAUUUGUGACUGACAUAUAGAUAGAUUAAAUUUGUUGGAUUCAAA